AAAGAAUAACUUGAACCGGGUCGGGUCUGAUGUUUGUUGAUGACCCUUCUCUACACACCUUGAAACGGAGACGACUCGAGAUCAUCGAUUCCAUGGAAGCUUCUUCUUCAGCUCAGGCUAAAAUUGCUGAUAUACGAGAGAAAUUAGGGCGAGAGGUUCGUGUUUUUGAGACUUCGAGUAUUUCUCAGAGACCAAUUCAAGUUUCUAGUGCUGAAGAUGAAUCUGAUGAUUUCUACGAGUUCACACCUGCAGAUUAUUACCGCCUUUUAGCUACUAAGAAAGAAGAUAAAUCGUUGAAGACAAGAAAACUCCGGGAAGCAGAAGAAGCUGCUCGUCGAUCAAAGCUGACUAAGGCUGUAAUCCGGGUUCGUUUUCCUGAUAAUCACACUUUGGAAGCAACAUUUCAUCCCUCAGAAAAGAUCCAAGGCUUGAUUGAUCUUGUCAGAAGAGUACUUGCCCACCCCGAUAAUGCUUUCUACUUGUACACAACUCCUCCCAAGAAGCAGAUAAAAGAUUUCUCACAAGACUUCUACUCAGCUGGGUUUGUUCCUGGAGCAAUUGUCUACUUUGCAAACGAUCAACCAAAAGAUGAUGGUGCUAGUUCAACUCCUUAUCUUAAUGAAGAGAUCUUGUCACUGAAAAAUUUAGAGGUCAUGACCAAAGCGGAGGAACCGGUUGAGUCGUCGUCAGAGCCGGCCACGGUUGACUCUGGUCCUGUACCUGUUGAACACGAGCCUAAAUCCACUGAGAAGAAGACCACAAAGCCUAAGUGGUUUAAAAUGUGAUUUCAUUUCGUUAUGAAAUGUGACAGUUCCAAUGUGGUAGCAUCACUCACAGACUCACCGUAGCGCUUUAAUAUCUUGGUCC